AUGGCAAAUGCAAAUGGCGACCCCAGCGUCGGAACCACAGCCUUUACAGUCUAUCCGUUCUCUCGAGGCUCGAUCCAUAUCACUGGCCCCUCACUCGAUGAUCCUGCAGACUUUGACACUGGCUUCUUUGGCGGGGGAAAGGGCCAUCUUGACGUCACGAAACAUGGCGUCGCAUAUAACAAACACUGCGAGAUGAUCCGGCGGAUGCGCUCUGAUCGUGGAUAUACUGCCUCACAUCCACCAUUCGCUUCCGACCCACCUGCCGCUUGCGUCGACCUCACCGAAGCGCUCCCGGCUGACGUUCAGGACAUCGUGUCCAAUGACGACGCGGUGCUGGAAAAGUGGAUUCGCGAUCAUAUGGGUAGAGCAAUGCAUUCGCUGAACGUGUAA